AUGGCGGACAGCAGCAGAUACGUCAGGGCCGUGAGCGAAGUCGUAGGGGGCGGAGAUCACUUGGAGAUCAUCGGAGUGAUGGAGCUUCUGACGUUCAUUGUCCUGGCAGCGGCGCGGGAGGAAACCUGGCAGGGGCAACUGAUCCUUUAUGUGACUGACAACAUGAAUGUCAAAGCAAGGUUACGUACCAGGCGCGCUUCAAACAGAUACGUGAGGGCGCUCUUGCUGCUGCUCCAGCGGCUCGAAGCGGAGAAUAGCUUCACUGUCGAUGGAGCGUACGAUGAAGACAAGGUCCAUGCGGAAAUGGAAAGCAGUGGCUGGACCCGCCUCGAGCUCAAUGAGGACUGGGAAGGACUCCUGCGAGAAGCCAUGCGCCCCACGUUGAAGCUACCAGGGGAGAAGGGCCCGAGUGCAGCUUUAGCCAUUCAGCUGGCCAACGAACAGCAAACCGUGCAUGCCUUCCCCGCCAAGAUCGCGCAAGCUGACUGGAUCGUCUGUGUUCUCACUCAAGACCCAAAAGGGCGGGAGGCAGACAUCCUUCUAAAAACCCUCGCCAGAACUGAUUGGAGAGGACGACUUAUCGUUGACCAGCCCAGGGAGCUCUCUGAAACCAGCGGAAAUCGCCUGAUGCAGCUUCAGGUUCAAUGGGGUCAGGCACAAGUGGUCGACUAUCAGACUUCACACCACGGCAGCUUCUUUGCCAGGGCCAGAAGACUUUGGCUUUUUGGAGGAACGGCCGACGAAAAGGAGAGAGUUCAAGCAUGGCGAGUUGCACAAGUCAACGAGUGUCAGAUGUUACCUCUGCGAUCCGCAGAGGAGUCAGGUAAGGGAUUAUGCCCGCCCGACUACCUUUUUACGAGAGAACCAAACCUCAUCACCACCGGUGACAAGUGGCUUCCAAAACCAGUCGGCCACUUGGUUGACGUGCGCGCCGGCAGCAGGCACCUGGUCCAUAGCACACGGGGCCCAGCUUGCGGACCUAGGCUCACAAGUGAGCGUCUCAAGAUCCCAGGAGGCACCCUGUUGGAAGAUGGGACGGGUUUGGUCCGUCCUCUCCUCCCAGAAGAGGUGUGGGAAAUGCAAGGGGGCCUCGCAGAGGAUUGGCGUUCCGCCGACUCGAAGAGAAAGGAUCGCAUGAUAGCAGCUGCAGUCCGGGAGCCAGGCUGGCAAGUGGCUAUGAGUCUCAUGCAGGCUCUGACUGGAACCGAUGGGAAGGCAGGAGUCCUGGACCCCGAUGAGAUCCAAGCCCACGAGCAACUAGAGGUCUGGCUGCGAGCGUGGGGGAGGAACCCGAAGGCUCCCUCUUCCGAGCUUUUCCUUACUUCGUGGAAAGAGCCACGUGUGGCAGUGGCACCCACUCAUGAGUUCGUGGGAGCGACAACCCAGGCGAAAGCAGGCGGAGGCAAACGCACCACCGUGAAGCCAGCACUCAGUGAAGUGGAGAGGCUGGUCCAGCCCGCAUCCAAAAGAGGCGGGACUACUGGGACCCCCCGCCCCCGAGGAGGGAGCACAGCAGAGCUUGACCAGGUAGCCAUGGAAGCUGUCUUGGCCAAACUGGCUGAUUCAACUCGCAGGGUCUAUGCAUCAGGCUGGAAGCAAUGGGCGUUGUACAAUGCCAGCUCGGGCACUCACCCGUUCCUUGACGGAGAAGAGCGCUCCGCUCGGACUGAAGACGAGCAGAGGUUGAUUCGGUUUGUAGUAUUUCUACAUCAAGUCAUGGGAAGGUCCAUAGGAUACCCUGAUCCACUGGUCGGGCGACCUCGGUUGUGGGCAGCGGUUGCGGGUCUACAACGUUGGGAAGGUUGGUUUUUCAUGAUGCGGGCCAGUGAACUCUUGCCCAGUAUCAAUGGAGAAGACCCCAUGAAUAGGGCGCUCCGCCCAGCUGAUGUCCUACAGCCCCAUCGGUGGCGCAGCCCUGAAGACGAGGCGCCUUUGUUCCGCUAUGAAGACAGGACGGGGCUUGACAGAGAGGGCAUCACCCAUUUCAUCAAGAUAGCUGCAUUGGCCGUAUCGUUUGCAGUGAAGGCUGGUGCUAUGGAUGCUACUGAUGAAAGUGCCGAUGGGGGACGAAAGCCAGCAGCUCCAGAUCGAGCCAAUGCAGCGAACCUCUUUCUAGCAGCUCACCCAGGACUAGAUCUUUAUCAAUUCCUGGGUGUUCCACCCGGUGCGACUCCAGCUCAGGUGCUCACCGCAUAUCGUCGCAGGUCCCGUGAGACUCAUCCAGACCGCUUUGCAACUGCUGGGGAAGAUGUCCAGAAAGCCAAAGGAGAGGAGUUUAAGAUGUUGGGAAUGGUCCGAGAGAUCCUCUUGGAUCCACUGAUGGCCACUCAAUACAUGAGGUGGAGACAAGAGCAAAUUGCUGCAAAGCAUGGGCGAGGCCGUUCCCCAGUUUUUCCAGCUGGUGUCUAUGCCAAGCAAGCUUCAUCAUUCCAACAAGCCAGAUUAAGUUUUGAUCGGUCCUCCACUCCUGCUGGCGCAGGAGCCAGCAGCUCGGGAGGAGCAGGCCGGGAGGUGCCUCGUAAACCGCCCCCCCCUUCACAGGGAUAUCCUGGAGGAGGAGCGCAAGGAGGACCGCCCCCAGCCAAAGCCCCUCCUGCUCCAGCAGGGACCGCGCAAAAGCCAAGGAAACCUCCACCGCCCGCGAAUCCGCCUACUCCGAGCUCAAGUGCGAAGCCAAGGAAAGCACCGCCACCAAGAAAUGAUGAUGGGAGGCCCAGAGGACCUACCACCCCACCAAUGCAAAAAAUGGCACCCACGCAAGCUAUUCCAAAGGGAGCACCGCCAACACCGGCCAAGCAUUUCCCCAGGGCGACCCAACCAUAUACUGGAGGGGGCAUGGUGGACGAUUUGCGAGUUCCUCGCAUCGCACUGGCAGAUGCAGGGGUGAAACGAUCAGACGCUCCGUCUGAGUCUUGGUGGUCAGAGACGUCAUCCAGAUAUAGGGCCCCUUCGAGCUGGUUGGAGCCCGGGUCUGAGCCUUGGGUCGAAGAUGACCUUCCACCGGAGAGCACCGUCCCAGACAACGAGGAUGACUAUGUGUAUGUUGAGGUGGAAGCUGAAGACGAUGACAUGGACACCCUCCAAGACCACCAAUUCGAUGAAGAAGAUUGGGACGAGCCGGCAUGGGAAGAGCUCCCUGAGGAGGGGACCGGGUCUGAGCAAGUCUUCCAAACCUUCGAUCAAGCCGUGAUGCAAGGACUGCUCCAGUUCAUGGAUUUCGUGAACAGAGGACGGGCCAAGAUGCUGAUUGAAGGUGGCUCCGCCGCCACUUCCAAAGCCAGCUCAUCCAGAACAGAGCCAAAGGAGCCGCCGAAAGCCCUAGCCCCCAAACCAGUUCCUCCAGUGCUGAUGCAGAAGACACCAGCACCAAAGAAGCCCCCUCCGCCACUGCCAGCAGCCAACUAUGCCAUGCCGGCAAGAGCUAUGGGACUCGGUUCAGGCGCAACAGCAUCAUCUUCUGAGGGCGCUCCGCCCACUGAGGUGAACCACUUUGGGUUUGACGAGUCUGAAGUCGACUAUGGUGAUGACGAUGAUCGAACCCCUGAGGAGAAGGCAGAAGAUGAGGAGCUGCUCGAGAAGACCAAGACGAAAGUGGAAGCUUUCCUGCGAGCACCCCCAGGGAUGAGGAAGACGCUUCGCUCCCAAGCAUGGAAGCGGUGCAAGAGCAAACUGGAGGAGCUCAACUUUGAGUUCAGCACUCGUCCACUGCCCGAAAUGCACCCAGGCAAAUUCGAGAAGGAUCUCAAGGAUGGCUUCACCUACGCGGAGGCCAAACAACGCCAAAAGGGCCGGCAACGGGCCGCCCGACAUCAGCGAGCCUUGGCUGAAAUGGAGGGUGCCUCCUUUGAGGAUUUCCCGAAAUCCUGGUCACAUGGGUAUUCCAAGCAAGUCCUGAAGCCGGGUUUCCUCGAAGAGAAGAACAAGGAGCGGGCCCGCCGAAAAGCUACAAAGGCCAACUAUCGAUCCGAUAGAUCACGCAGCACUCCAUCACCUCGCCAGUCAGCUGCUCCAGCUGCUGCAUCCAACCAGGCUGAAGCUGAAAGCACGGCCAACUGGGAAGCAGGAAGUCAAUGGCACGACUGGCAAGCGAGACGCAGCAGUGAGUGGCAACGGCAUCAACCAGAUGUCACACAACGGAGAGAUGCAAAUGCCGCAGACGAUGACGACUGGGGCAACUGGACCAGAGAUGGGCAACGAGGCAGCAACCAAGAUGGCUGGUCCAGCUAUGACUAUGGAAACCAUCAGGAUCGACAGUGGAACCAGUGA